GCAACGCGCCGCACCCUGCCCGCGGUCAGGAACCGCCGCCCCAGGCAGCUCAGAGCGCGACACCAGGCCGGGAUGCUGCGCGCGGGAGCACCAGCCGGGGACGUCCCCCGAGCCGGAGAAGUCCACACCGGGACAACCAUCAUGGCAGUGGAGUUUGACGGAGGCGUCAUUAUAGGGUCUGAUUCCCGGGUGUCCGCAGGAGAGGCGGUGGUGAACCGAGUGUUUAACAAGCUGGCCCCCCUACACCAACACAUCUACUGUGCACUCUCUGGUUCAGCUGCUGAUGCCCAGGCCGUGGCAGACAUGGCCACCUACCAGCUGGAGCUCCAUGGGAUGGAACUGGAAGAACCUCCUCUUGUUCUGGCUGCUGCUAACGUGGUGAGGAAUAUCACAUAUAAGUACCGGGAGGACCUGUCUGCACAUCUCAUGGUAGCUGGCUGGGACCAACGUGAAGGGGGCCAAGUAUAUGGAACCCUGGAAGGAAUGCUGAAUCGACAGCCCUUUGCCAUUGGUGGCUCCGGCAGCACUUAUAUCUACGGUUAUGUGGAUGCAGCAUACAAACCAGGCAUGUCCCCUGAGGAAUGCAGGCGCUUCACCACAGAUGCUAUCACCCUGGCCAUGAGCCGGGAUAGCUCCAGUGGGGGCGUCAUCUACCUGGUCACUAUCACAGCUGCUGGUGUGGAUCAUCGAGUCAUCUUGGGCGAUGAGCUGCCAAAAUUUUAUGAUGAGUGAAACUUCCUCAGGCUUCCCUUUCUUAUUUUGUAUAAACUCUCUGGGACCAGAACCUGGUAUGGUCAACUGGAAAUGGGUGCUCAGGGAGAUGAAGCUUAGUGGAGGGGAGGCUUCUUUCCUCCCAGAUGCCAGCACAUUCUUCUUAUUCUUUUGGCUCCAGGCCUUUCCCAGAGGAAACUGCGGGAACUACACUAGAACUAGAAAGAGCCCUAUACAUGACAGGUCGUCAUGUACUGCACAAGUAUGAAAUAUUAGCAGCAAUAAAAUCUCAUUCUGAUGCCUGAGGGAUGAGGGUACAAGUGAAGAGUUGAGACUCAUUUCUUUACUGCUAAGACUGGGCAGAUAAGACAACAACACACACGAGAAUUAGCUAAGAGCUCCAACAAACUCAACAUGUAAAAGAAUUCCUUUCAUAGUGCCUAAAUAUUUUGGGGACAUCUGUAAAUUUCAAAUAAUACCAAUAACAAGAACCAAAAAAAGGCUACAUUCAUUAAGUCAGACAUUGACAUUAUAAAUGUUAUCUCUCUUUGAACCCAAACAAAAAAAAAACCUACGUAGGUACUAUUAUUACUUGUAUUUAGGGACAUGUGGAGCCCUGGUGGCUUAGUGUUUAAGUGCUACAGCUGCUAACCAAAAAAGGUCAGCAGUUUGUUUUUGUUUUUGUUUUAAUAAUUUUUAUUGAGCUUUAAGUGAACGUUUACAAAUCAAGUCAGUAUGUCACAUAUAAGCUUAUAUACACCUUACUCCAUACUCCCACUUAUUCUCCCCCUAAUGAGUCAGCCCGCUCCCUCCUUCCAGUCUCACCUUUCAUGACAAUUUUACCAGUUUCUAACCCUCUCUACCCUCCUAUCUCCCCUCCAGACAGGAGAUGCCAACACAGUCUCAAGUGUCCACCUGAUACAAGUAGCUCACUCUUCGUCAGCAUCUCUCUCCAACCCAUUGUCCAGUCCCUUCCAUGUCUGAUGAGUUGUCUUCAGGAAUGGUUCCUGUCCUGGGCCAACAGAAGGUUUGGGGACCAUGACCACUGGAAUUCCUCUAGUCUCAGUCAGACCAUUAAGUCUGGUCUUUUUAUGAGAAUUUGGGGUCUGCAUCCCACUGAUCUCCUGCUCCCUCAGGGCUUCUCUGUUGUACUCCCUGUCAGGGCAGUCAUUGGUUGUGGCCGGGCACCAUCUAGUUCUUCUGGUCUCAGGAUGAUGUAAGUCUCUGGUUCAAGUGGCCCUUUCUGUCAAAGGUCAGCAGUUUGAAUCCACCAGCCACUCCUUGAAACCCUUUGGGGCAGUCCUACUCUGUCCUAAUGGGUUUAGUUUGUUUUUUUUUUUUAAGGACAGAUGGAGACUUAGAAAGAUUAAGCCACUUGACCAGAUCACACAGGAAGUUCAGAGGCUAGGAUUUAGUUUUAGUGUAUGCCUUAUCCCUCUUCUUCUUCUUGUUAGUUGCCGAAGAGUCAAUUUGGCGACCCCAUGUGUGUCAGAGUAGAACUGUGCUCCAUAGGGUUUUCCAGACUGUGACUUUUCAGAAGCAGAUCACUAGGUCUGUCUUCAGAGGCACCUCUGGGUGAGUUCGAACUAACAAUCUUUUAGCUAGUGGUCAAGUGCUUAACUGUUAACACCACCCAGGGACUCCUGCCCUUCCCCUACCACUAUCCACGUAGUCCCCGACUUAAAACGUGUUUGAGUUACAACAAACAGCACUUAUGACCAUCCGGUUUUGUUGUUGUUUUUUUUUUUUUUUACUUCUUAUCAUUAGUAAUAUGUACUACUUACAAUGUUGCAGCGCAUUUUUUGAUGUUAUCAUUCUCAGUUGUAAUAUUUCCAACCCCCAAAGACAAAUAAAGAUCAGAUUUAUAAAGAUACUGAUAAUAAAGGCAAUAAUAAUGAAAACUAAAAAAAAAAAAAAAAAGAG